AGCCAGUGGGGGCCCAGCAGCCCUCAACCCUCCGGGACAGGCUGCAUCAGAAGAGGCCAGCAAGCAGGUCACUGUCCUUCCGCCAUGGCCCUGUGGAUGCGCCUCCUGCCCCUGCUGGCGCUGCUGGCCCUCUGGGGACCUGACCCGGUCCCGGCCUUCGUGAACCAGCACCUGUGCGGCUCCCACCUGGUGGAAGCCCUCUACUUGGUAUGCGGGGAGCGAGGCUUCUUCUACACACCCAAGACCCGCCGGGAGGCAGAGGACCCGCAGGUGGGGCAGGUGGAGCUGGGCGGGGGCCCUGGCGCGGGCAGCCUGCAGCCCUUGGCGCUGGAGGGGUCCCUGCAAAAGCGCGGCAUUGUGGAGCAGUGCUGCACCAGCAUCUGCUCCCUCUACCAGCUGGAGAACUACUGCAACUAGAUGCGGCCCGCAGGCGCCACGCACCCUCCGCCUCCUGCACCAAGAGAGAUAGAAUAAAGCCCUUGAACCAGC